AUGUCGACACCACUCGCCGCUACCAUCUUUAUAUCAUCUGGCAUCUCUUCUACAGAAAUCUCCGCCGUCUCCUCCACAUAUACUGUGCUUCCUGACGACGUGAAGACGCGAGGAAACAUCUUAGCAGCCGCUAUAGCAGUGGCCGCCGUUGGCAUGCUCAUUGUCGGGAUAUGCGUCUUGAUACUGUUUAUAGCCAUGCGAAGGCAUAAGGAGCGGAACGAUGGCUUUCGCAUUGAUCUCGAGCAACCUACGAAUGCGGAGGCAACUAUCUCCGGCCCGCUUGAUUUGCAGAAGGGAGGGCUGCGGACUCUUACACUCGCCCAUCGAGCAAUGGUGGCCACUGGACCUACUUCCAAACCUCCUAAACAGACAUCGAAGGAUGUUGGUCUCCGCGAAUUGGUUCUUCCAGAAUUGGCGAAAUCUCGCAAAACUUCGAGGUCAAAUAACGUAGAAGAGGCUCACCGAUCAGGAAGAACUCAACUGUCGCUGGCUACUGUGUCGAAGCCGUUCCCCUCUUACCAAGGCGGCAUGGAUCGAGAGGUCCGCCCUAUUCUACAUAACAUCCUAGCGUAUGACACGAUGAUGGUGGACCGCGAAACUCGCAGGCGUCGACCGUAUGAACCUGCCUCGCCAACCCUGCAUUCUGCCAUUAGCAAAUACGACAGCAAACUAAAGCAACUUGCCAACACGCCUAGAUUACCGGAUCGCGUUACAGCCUACCUUUACAAAUGCCUGCCCACCGGAGCCGUUGGAAAUAACCAAGUGAUAGAAUUUCGUGGCGACGCCGACAUCAAUUUACUCUCCUCCUUGGCCGUCAAAGAUGCAUUGGAUGCUAUGAAAGGAGCGGUCGAUCCCAGAUGUCACGAAAUCACGACACGCAUCCUUUCGAGUAAUGACAUCCUCGGCCGGAUUGCAUACGCGAUGGAAUUACACAAAGAUCUCAAUUUUAAGACUGACUCAAAAGAUCUAGGGCAACUCGCCUAUUGGAGUUUAUAUCACCGUCCUCCGCCACCGAAGGUUUAUGCGGAUCUCUUUGAAGUGCAUAUAGCAGGGCGAGUUGAUUACUUUGGUUUGGAACGGACAGUGGUGUGGUUCGGUUCACUCAUGCAAAUGCUGAUGCCGGCAGCAUUGGCCGACUUCAUGACCACUCCACAACUACGUCUCACCUCAUCAACAUUCCAUGAAGAGGAUUAUGUGUUUUACCCCGCCAACUAUGCGAACGCCAUUUUGGAAGGAAUUAGGUCUUUAGACGUUCCAACUACUCCCCUCCAACUCUUUCCAUCGACAGUAAUUCAUUUUGUGGGGCAAAUCCCUGGUGUAGCCGAUCUGCCUCACCUGAGCAACAUCGAAAUCGGCACGCGACUCCUUCAUUUUUACUGUGCGCACAUCACCCUCUUCUUCUGGCCCGGUUACUAUCGCGCCCUUUCGGGCGGCUGCGGACUCUUGACGGGCAUAGCGAAAGGACUGCUGAAUGAUUUGGAUCGGCACAAUAUCGCUCCCUGCGAAGUGGCUCUUGCUUUGCGAGCAGUGGUGGGGAACGCCUACACACGACGGGGCGCAGGGAUUCAUGAAGAUGCUAUAUACUUUUUUGCCUUUUUUGUCGUUUGUAUCCAUGAUGCACUCAUCCGUUGCUCUCCAUGGCUACGUCCCAUCCUGACUCCUCGACAUCAAUUCAACAAGGUCACUUGGCCCAUGAAAUCCGCCACGGAAUCUACGUCACUGGAUGCAUUUCGAGCUAAGUGUAAUGUUAUUCCGACCUUAUGCCCGGGAGUUAUUGAGCUUAGAAACAUAUUGUGCUUGACGCCUUCACAUGUCACCGGGAAGAGGAAGAAGGCCCAACAAGACACCUCAGGCGAGGCCGGAACAUCGGUCUCGGGAGGUACUCACACAAUCAUUCCCCUCAAAGAGACCAAACGGCGACGUCUAGGACCCGAGGAAACUCAAGGCGAUGCUAACUCAUCAGCAUCAAGUGGCGUUCAAGCAACUUCAGCCGUCGAGAAGUCAGAAUCGCGAUGUCUAGGACCAUCUCUCCUCUUGCUCCGACCCCCGCAAGAGGGUAAAGAAAAUUCUGACCCGCAUGAUGGAUCUCCAGGCAACUCUCGCUCGCAUUUGACAAGACAGCCUCUCGUUUCGCCGUUAUCCCUCCUCGGACGGUUGGUUCCCUCCUGCAAACACGACUCAGAAGCCCGUCAAAUUAUUCCGUGUACCUCUGGCGCGAAGCAACUUCGUUCCACCUGCCCUGCAAGUAUCAACACUGCCCACUCUGGCGACUUGUCCAUGCCACCGGAAUCUUGCGUAUCACAGGCGUCUCGCGGUCAAGUCUCAGUCACUCUGCCGGCCGUUUUACAAGCUUCUGGGUCAAGCCCAUCUCUUCACUCCCCUGGAACCCUGCCCCAAGAUGCUGAUCUACCGACCAUGCUGGAGACGAAGCGUUCGGAAUCGUCUUUUCAGUCUGCCCUGGACACUAGUACUUUGCCUCCCCGAUUUCGCCGAUUCCGUUCAGCCUGCUACAACUCUUUGAUACUCGAGGAUGCCCCGGUGCUAUAA